GGCUAACUCAUCGUCUACCGCCGACUCAUCCCUCUUUCGGACUUGGAUCAAUAGCCAGAAGCCGGAGAGUACCGACCCAGAUGUAGAUUUCGUCAUCCCUUCACUUGCUAGUUGGAUUGAGAGCCAGACCAGCAAGGGAAAGAGUACUGAUCGUAUGAUACAGUUGUUGAAGCGCUAAAUGGGUGCGAGGUAAGUGUGUCAAACAGCUUAAUAGAGAAGGUUUUGUAAAGAUUUGAUAAUGACUGGAUCCCAGCUUUUGGGGUUUUGACCUGGGCAAAAUCAAAAACUGGUUAUGAGCAUCCCCCUGAGGUGCUUUAACACCAUGGUUGAUAUAUUAGGAAAGGCAAAGAAGCUUGAUUUGAUGUGGGAUUUAGCUAAGGAAAUGCAGCAGUUUAAGGGGUAUGUUACAUUAGAUUAAAAUGAGUAAGGUUGUGAGGAGGUUAGUUAAAGCUACAAGGUACAGUGAUGCUAUUGCAGCUUUUCGACACAUGGGAGAAAUUCGGUGUUAGCCGAGAUGGAGAGGCAAUUGCCGUGUUAAUGGCUGCUUUGGUUAAGGGGAAUGCCUUAGACAGUGUUGAUCAUGCUUAUCAAGUGUUUUUUGAGUUCAAGGAACUUAUACCUUGACUUCAAUUUGUUUCGAUAUCUUGAUAAAUGGUUUUUGCGAAGCUAAGAAGCUAGAAGAUGCCAGGAUGAUUAUGGAUGAAAUGGAGAAACAUGGGUAUCAAUCCAGUGUUGCUUCUUAUACCAACUUUAUUGAGGCUAACCGUCGUGAAAAGGAUCGUAGGCUGAAAUCAACCAUCAACCAUGGUGUUAAAACAUCAAAAAAAUAGGGAAAUGCAAAGUUGAUGCUGUAUUGGAUGAAAUGCAAGAGAAGGGUUGCAAGCCAAAUAUAGGGACUUACACCCUUGUUAUGAAAGCUCGAUGUAAGGCAGGUGAGAUUACUCAAGCAUUGGAGGUUUAUGAGAAGAUAAAGAGUGAUGGUUGUUUACCAGACAAUUCAUUUAUAGUUUAUUGAUUUCCAUCCUGAGCAAGGCAGAUAGACUUCAUGAUGUACGUGAAAUAUUUGAGGACAUGGAAAAGCAAAAAAUAAAGCAAAUGUAUGGGCAUAUAAUGCCAUGAUUGCUUCUGCUUGUGCACAUUCGAGAGAAGAGGAGGCAUUGAAAUGGCUACAGAAAAUGGAAGAGGAUUCAUGCAAGGCAGAUCAUCUCACUUACCAUUGCUUCAUUUGUGCUUCACGAAGAAUAGGAUGAAGGUGCUGAACUUUCUGUUAAACCACAUGUUUAAGAAUGACCUGAAGUAUUGAUCUUGGAAUAUAUGCCCUUCUGGUGAGUGGGUUUUAUAAGAGUGGGAAACUAGAGCUGGCUUGCUCAUACUAAAGUGCUGGUAAAGGAACUUGGUGGAAAGAACAUGGUUGAAACAAGGCAAUGGAUUGAAAAUUUGAUGGUCCAGGCAAAGAGCAAAGGAAGCGGAGAGUCUUCGGCGUAUAAACAUAAAUGCUAGUGUUAAGAUUGACAAUGAAUUUCUUGAGUUGGUAAAAUUAAAGUCUUUUUUGCACAAACCCUAGAGCAGAGCCUUUGUAAUGGAUUAAAAUCUUUCCAUUUUG